AAAAAACGCAACCAUUGACGGAACAAUUAUCUAUGUAUAGAUCUAUAUUAUUGAUCUUUAAGUUUAUGCAAUACUCACUGAGUCUGAGUGGUACGAAUUCAAUAAUUCAACAAUUGACAUCAUGACUACAAGGGAUAUGGAUGGGAGUGAUGUUACAGUUCACAACUUUCAUUUAUUAGAAGCAGGAUGCUUAGGCCAUCUUGAAUUUCUCCCAUUACUAAAUCCUGACAAUUUAAAAUUUCCACUAAUUACCUUGCCAGUUGGGACUCCUCCUGUUGUUCAAUCUUUAGAGCAGAAAGUAGAAGCUUAUGUCACUGAACUACAAAAUCUGCCUGUCCAUAAUUUUGCUGAUGGUCAAAAAUUAAUUAGUAGACAGUUGCAGCAUCACAGAUUGUUAAAUGUUGAAACAUGCAUACCUGAAACAACACUGCAAGUUGAGCGUAACCAGACAACAGGAGAGCUUCUUGGCUAUACAGAGGAAAUUAUUCCAGAUUGUUCUGAAACAUCUAGAAAUUCCUUGUCAUUGAGGAGAGCUCCUGAUAUAAACAGCCAACGAGCCUAUCAAGAUGUCAGAGGGUCAAAUAUUAAUUUACCUUUCUGGCCAGGUGGUCUUGAUGAGUUCACCUUACAAGAACAGUCAUCACCUAGUGACAGUAAAACAUCUGCCUUUGACCUAGAAGAUGAGUCUCAAUACUUGACCACACCUCCAGGAUUUCAGGAUGGAAUGGUAUUUGAAAAGUUUUCAGAGAUGGAAGCCACUAAACCCAAACAUGUAACAAGCCAAGACAACUCUUCUCCAGGUAUUAUCAGUUUGGAGGAAAUAAUGUCAGGGACAGAUGAAUUAGACCUUGGAGACAGUGAUGGAGAGGAGAUUGAGCAAUCUAAACAACAAGAGACUGACCAGACUGUGACCUCUCAAAUAACAAGAAGUGAAAGCUUGGAGAAACUGGUGGAGAGUAAUGAUGCCACCAGUUCUGAGUUACCAAAAAGAAGUUCUCAUGUCAAGGAACAAUGGGCUGUACAAGUUGAUGUUACUGCACCAGUAGAUGACUUUCAUAAGAGAAUCCCUGACAUGGCUUACAAGUGGCCAUUUGAGCUGGACAUAUUCCAAAAACAGGCCAUCUUACAUAUUGAGAACCAUGACAGUGUGUUUGUUGCAGCCCAUACAUCAGCUGGCAAGACAGUGGUGGCAGAGUAUGCAAUAGCACUUUCUAUAAAACAUAUGACAAGAACCAUAUACACAUCUCCAAUAAAGGCCCUAUCUAAUCAAAAGUUUAGAGAAUUCAAAGAUACAUUUUCUGAUGUUGGACUUGUGACUGGUGAUGUUCAGCUGAAUGCAACUGCCUCUUGCCUUAUUAUGACCACAGAAAUUCUCAGAUCGAUGCUUUACAAUGGUUCAGACAUCAUCAGGGACUUAGAGUGGGUCAUAUUUGAUGAGGUGCAUUAUAUCAAUGACUCCGAGCGGGGCGUGGUGUGGGAGGAGGUGCUGAUUAUGCUCCCAAAACAUGUCAGUGUCAUCCUCCUCAGUGCUACUGUACCUAACUGUAUGGAAUUUGCUGACUGGGUAGGGAAAAUCAAGAAGAAGAAGAUCUAUGUUGUGAGUACAUUGAAGAGACCAGUACCUCUAGAACAUUAUCUAUACACAGGAAACAGUAUCAAGACUUGUAAUGAAUUGUUCUUGUUGAUAGACUCUAAAGGCAGCUUUUUAACUACUGGAUAUAAUAAGGCGCUGGAAGCCAAAAAGGAAAGAGCCAGCAAGAGUUCUCAAAGUUUUGGUGCAAAAGGUACCCGAUCAGCUCCACCAAACCAGGAGAAAAAUAUUUGGCUGUCUGUGAUAGAGAUGCUGAAAAAGAAAGAAAUUCUUCCAGCUGUUGCAUUUACUUUCUCUAAGAAAAAAAUUGAAGAAGUUUCAGGAAACUUGAACACUGUUGACCUGACAACUGCUUCAGAGAAAAGUGAGAUCCAUGUGUUUUUCCAGAAAUGUAUUUCUAGGUUGAAAGGUACAGACAAAGAAUUACCUCAGGUGCUUCAGUUAGCAGAUCUACUUAAGAGAGGCCUUGGUGUCCACCACAGUGGUAUAUUACCAAUACUCAAGGAAAUGGUGGAAAUGCUGUUUCAGAGAGGAUUAGUCAAGAUUCUGUUUGCUACAGAAACAUUUGCAAUGGGUGUGAACAUGCCAGCUAAGACUGUAGUGUUUGACAGUAUACGUAAGCACGAUGGGCUCAACUUCAGGAAUUUGCUGCCAGGAGAAUACAUACAAAUGGCAGGUAGGGCUGGUAGGAGAGGCCUGGACACCACAGGGACGGUCAUCUUAUUGUGUAAAGGAGAUGUGCCAGAGUCUUCAGAACUACACAAGAUGAUGCUGGGUAAACCCACAUCCCUGGAGUCUCACUUCCGACUGACAUACAGCAUGAUAUUAAAUUUGCUGAGAGCUGAGCAGCUGCGUGUUCAGGACAUGAUCAAACGAAGUUUCUCUGAGUUCAACAACCAGAAAGACACAUCAAAGCACAUUGUAUCUCUGGAAAAGUUGAAGAAAAAAAUAGCAGCUGUUAAAGAUAUUGAGUGCUAUCUGUGUUCCCUUGACCUUGAGAAGUACUAUGAAACGUGUAGAGAUUAUCUAAAGCUUCAGAAACAUCUCCAGUCUGUGAUAUUCAGUCAUCCUCUAGCCAUCAAGUCCUUGUCUCCUGGUCGUGUUGUCAUGGUGAAGCGCCAUCUAGGUCAGUCAGUCUUGGGUGUUGUCUUAUCUUCAAGUAUGGGUACAAGUAAUGAAAGGAAGUUUAAAACUUUGAUAAUCGCAGAGAAAAAUGAAGAAAUGAAACUAUUAUCAAAUGAAGGUAUUGAACCAGUUUUGUCUAGUUCUUUGUACUUGCCUGAAGGCCCAUGCAGCCAGAUUGUAGCUGAGAUCACUAGUCAUGAUAUUAGUAGAAUCACAACCAAAGUGAUAAAAGUCGAUGCUGAAGAUAUCAUUCGAGAUUGUAGCAAGAGAGAAAUUCCAAGGUUUAAAGAUGAUGCACCUGACAGAAGUGUUACAGUAGUCACACAGGAACUUGUUCGUCUUACAGAGAUGAAUCCAUCUGGUCUGCCUGGCCUUCAUCCAAUAAAUGACCUCAAAUUGAAAGAUAUUGAACUAGUGGAGGACUGUAGAGCUCUUCAAUUUAUGGAGGAAGAGUUUUCCAAAUUCAAUUGUCCAAAUUGUCCACAGUUUUUAGAACAUUUUUCAGAACACAACGGCAAUAUGAAAUUAAAAGAUGAAUACAAGAAGAUACUGUUUUUAUUAUCCGAUGAAAGUCUACAGCUACUGCCUGAGUACACACAGAGAGUAGAGGUUUUGAAACGUUUGGAAUGUAUAGAUAGCAAGUGUACAGUUCAACUCAAGGGCAAGGUCGCCUGUGAAAUGAGCACACAUGAAGUCAUGAUCACAGAGCUGUUGUUUAACAAUGUCUUGAAUGAUCUUCACCCUGCUGACAUUGCUGCCUCUCUGUCUUGCUUUGUGUUUGAAAUGAAGAAAUGUAGUGAGCCGCAGCUGUCAGACACUUUACUUCAAAGUAAGAAGAAAAUUCUUGAGAUAGCAGAAUUUAUUGGCACAAUACAAAAACAAUGUGGAAUGUUGGAGCCAGUCCAGGACUAUGUGGAACAAUAUCACUUUGGACUGAUGGAGGUUGUCUUUGAGUGGGCCAGAGGAAUGCCAUUUUCUGAGAUUAUAGUCCUGACUGAUGUGCAUGAAGGCAUCAUUGUGCGAAGCAUCCAGAGGCUACACGAGCUGCUGAGUGACGUACGCAAUGCUGCCAGAAUGAUAGGGGACAGAACUCUGGUUCAAAAAAUGGAAGAGACUAUGCAUCUUAUCAAGAGGGACAUUGUAUUCGCUGCUAGUUUAUACACACAAUAAAACUGAACUUCUUGAUCUCUUAUAGAGUUCAGUCUACACUGAUGUUGGAAAUCACACAGAAGAAAGUGACUACAUUGACUUCUAACUUGUUCUGGCAUAUGGUUUUACGGCUAUUUUUCCCCCAAACAUGACUAUAAGUGGCAUAUAUUUAUACCAAUUUAUAGAAUGUUGUAACUUUCAGAAUGUUCAGAAUUUGUUUACAUUUUGAUCAGCAGAAAAUUCAGUAGUUUUUAAAUUAAAUAUUAAUUACAAUGCCUUUGAUCCCAAAGAUUAAGGGUGAGUGGAGUGUGUCACAUGGUGCCUAACCAUGUGAUGUAUUAAUAAAUUGGAAACAACUGUAUUUUUCUGUUACCAAUUAAUGUCAUAGAACUGGUUGCUUGUGUUUAUGAGUGAUACAUGUUCCUUCUUUAAUGAAAAAAAUUGUUACCAAUAAACACAGUUUGAAUUCAACACAGCUCCCAAAUUUUAUAUUUCUCAGAAGAAUAAAUGGGACAUAAGUGUGUUCAGUCAUGGUCAGUCUAAACGUUGUGAUUACCUCAUUGAAAUAACAUUACAUCUUAUUAGACUUAAUAGUUAUCUCAAAUGGAACUGAGGCUUAAGAUAGAAAGUUGCUUCCACCUACUUUUUUUUAGCUAGAACCUAAAUAGAAUGAGCUCUUCUACAUUUAGACAAUGUAAUCAUAUAAAUAUGAAAGAUAUACUUUUUUAAGGAGUUCUGCUGUUUGUUAAAUCUUUUAUUUUUCUAUUUAAUAUUUCUAAUGAAUGAAUCAGAGCACCAUUUAAAAAUGAGAUGGUAUUAUCUUAAAAAGAACAAUAGUAAAUGAAAAGAAGUCAUUAAGAAAAUUAACUUAUUAUAUGAGCCUUAGUACUUAUGGAUAGACAAAAUUACUUUGUUCAUUUGGCAAAGAAAAGAAAAAGACAUGAACAAAAUAACUCAAACAGAAAGUCAGACAAUUUACUGGGAACUUGGCAUUUGAAACAUUAUGUAAGGAAAAAUGACACCAAACAUUUUAGUGUUCACCAGUCUCACAAAAUGUGUUCCAAUAAUUGAACACUAGAAUUGACCAUCAAAACCAUCUGUAGAUUUUAAAGAAUGACUCUGUUUUUUUCUCAUUGUAAACAACUUUACUGAUUGAGGUUGACCUUGACUCAGUUGGAUGGGGUGGUCACAAGGUUUGUCGCUAAGUUACCUCUCAUUAUAUACACCGUCCCCUGUGUUGUGCUACAGUAACAGUUCCAAUGUUUUUUGUUAACUGUGCAGCAUAGAAGUUAAUUUUUCCAACAGCAUUCCAUUGCUAGAUUUAGUCAUUUUGUAAAGAUACAUUAUUUUGUCCAAGAUUCUUCUUUCUUAGACAUCAUGUUAUAUCUUUGGUGUACUAUAGUCCAUCAAGACAUUUUAAAAAAAAUUAAUUUCUCUAGAGCUAGCAGUGGGAGAUAUUUGUUAGGGCAUGUCAUGCUAACAUUUUGAUAUUCAAUAUAUAAUUGAUGAAAAGUCAUUUUUCUCUUAUCUCAACUAUUGAGGUCUUAAAACUGGAAAACAAAAGAGCAAAAAACAUUUCUCCAUUAUUGUUUCUAUUUUUUUUUAGUAAACUUUAUAGGAUGUUAUAUCUGUUAUUGAGGAAUUUUAUGUAUAAAGUAACUUAGUUUAGGGACUUUCUUAAUGAAAUACUUUGAAAAUAUUGAAUGCUAGAAUUUGUUUAUUUAUUUUGCCAUUCAAAUCUAAGCUUUUUUUUAGUCACUGAAUGACGUGUGGCUGUCAUGUAAAAAAAAAUAUUUCUUUUGAUUGUUGAUAUACUCAAUUGUUGAAUUGGCAUCACUUUAUUUGAAUAAUACAGUGAUGAAAAUGAA